GCAGGUGUCUGGACAGCAGCAGGCAAAAAGAGAACACGGAAGUAGCAGAAAUCAGGUGCCCAACCUCGCUCUUCAUUGCCAAGUGGGUCCCUCGUUCAUACAAUCUCAGAAUAUCUCCUUUCCUCACUUAAGCUGCUUAAUGUGAGCCUCACUUCCUUUUGCUGCGGGCUAAGCUCAGCCUGGAAGCAUGUACAACUCCAUCUGUUAGAAAAGAACCCUCCGGUCUUUUACGUGCACGCCUGUGUUGUGGAAGGCUGGGACGGCGAGGUCCUGAAGCAGAGUCGGUCUACAUCCCAGCGCAUACAACUCUGAGAGCUCAGCGCUUGGGUUUGUUUCGGAAAGAAGCUGACAGGAAGCUCCCUGGAAGCUUCCCUAUGCUGUGCUAAGGGACUCUCCUAUUUGUGCGUCCUCCUGCCGCACAGUUAUCUACGACACCGGAGUGUCUGGAGUCUGUCCCCAACCGAGGGCAGGCUCUGGGUGUUUGGCUUUACAACCUCAACGUCUACAAGGCCCCGGGCAAUGCGAACGGCCUUGGUCACCGGUGGCGCCUUCUUCCUCCGGCAACAAAGUAGCCCAGUUCCAAAACCUUAAGUCUCUCACAGUGUUUCAGGGAGCAGGGAAGCACCGCCCUCUCGCUGGGGUAGGCCCUCCCCAGCCUCCAGGGUCACCAUCCUCCUCUGCUCUGUGCUGCCGUCUACCGGUGAGCGGGAGCGCGACAGCGGCAUGGUGGAAAGGAAGUGCCUGAGUUUCGAGGGCGCAGACGCGAGUGCACGCUGCCGUCCCCCCCCUCCCCCGCGCCUCCCAGCCGUUCUGCGCCUGCGCACCGACUGCCAGCUGCAAGGACCGAAGAGGCAGGAAGGUUUUUCUCGAGGAAGAUACAGAGUCUGCAGAUAGUGGAGAGUCAGGGGCGAACUGGACCAGGUGGCUGGGGCAAGUCCCAGGGCGGUGAGGAGCUGGACAGAUUGGCAGAAGGCAGGCCCCAUUACCCCCGCUGUAUGUAAAGGGGAGAGCAGUGCUACAAAGACAUGACACGCGUGGCACAUCACGGCCAUGGGAUCUCAGCAUUCUGCCUUUGCACAUGCUCCCUCCUGCAAGCGAAAGAAAGAAGAUGACAGGGAGGCUUUGCUGACUGAUCUAGAACAGGAAGAAGCCAUUGCUCAGUUCCCAUAUGUGGAGUUCACAGGGAGAGAUAGCAUCACCUGUCUCACGUGCCAAGGAACAGGCUAUAUCCCAACAGAGCAAGUCAAUGAAUUGGUGGCUUUGAUCCCACAUAGUGAUCAGAGAUUGCGCCCUCAGAGAACACUGUCCAGCCAGGUUCAGUACAUGAACACAGUGGUUGGCACAUAUGUGACCACUAACAUCUCCCCCAUUCCACCGAGGAGUGAGCAACUGGUGAAUUUUACGGUGAAGGCGGAGAUGGGAGGACCAUUUUCUUAUGUGUACUUCUUCUGUACAUUACCUGACAUCCUGGUGCACAACAUAGUGAUCUUCAUGCGAACUUCAGUGAAGAUUUUAUAUAUUGGUCACAUGACCCAGAGCUCCUUGGAAACACAUCACUAUGUAGAUUGUGGAGCAAAUUCCACGGCUGUUUAGCAUCUGCUCAUGGUUCUCCAGUGGCAAUACCUGUAGAAGAGAGCCCAGCAUCUGUUCCUGAGUUCCAUACUGAUCCCAGGUGGUAUAAGAAGAGGACAAAUUUUUUUUUCUUAGCCCACAGCAAACCACCCUCCUACCCCUUAGGGGGAACCUCCUUCCUAUAGCACCAUGUAUGUUUCUCAGAACCAGCAGAAUCACUGCCCAGUGCCUAGCCUGUGCCCAGCAAAUAGUUGGCACUCAAUAAAGUUUGAAGAAUUUAAUUUAGAUCUUUUUAGCUGUUCUUGAGGCAUUAUAAGCUGAAUCUAUACCAUGCUUCUAGGUUAUCAAACCACAGAGUGGCAUGAAGAUAGGACUGUUAGUGCAUCUGCAGAUAUAUCAGUGCCUCAUCUGCACAGAGUGGCAUCAGGGUACCCUUGAAAUACCUGAAAGAAGAGGGCAUGGAACCACUCAAUGUGUGCAUUUGUUUGAUCUGUUUCCAAAUGCCUAGAAGCUUUUAAAAGAAAGAUUUUAUUUUUCUUUUUUUUUUUCUUGUAGAAAUUCACACUUGUUUCUACCCAAAGUCUAUGUGGGGCUUGGUUUACCCUUCAUCCAUUGGCUGGAACAUGGACUGGGGGUUUGAUUAAAAAAAUAAAUAAACUCUGUUUUUGAUUCCU